AUGACUAACUCUGAGAACACUGCUGAAAACAAGCAGACCAUCUUGAAUGCUUAUGUUGGUUUCGACACCAUCACCCAGCAAAUCGAAAAGAAGUCUCUUAAGAGAGGAUUCCAAUUCAAUGUUAUGGUUGUUGGUCAAACUGGUCUUGGUAAAUCCACACUUGUCAACACCAUCUUUGCAUCCCAUCUUAUCGAGAGCAAGGGACGUCUCAACGCAGACGAACCUCCUCGCCAGACCACUGAGAUUGAAGCUGUUUCUCACUUGAUUGAGGAGAACGGUGUCCGCCUUAGAUUGAACAUUGUCGAUACCCCUGGUUAUGGUGACCAAGUUAACAACGAGAACUGCUGGGAACCUAUCAUUAAAUACAUCAAGGACCAGCACUCUGCUUAUCUUCGCAAGGAAUUGACUGCCCAGCGCGAGAGAUACAUUCAGGACAGCAGAAUCCACUGCUGCUUGUUCUUCAUUACCCCUUCUGGCCACUCUCUCAAGCCAAUUGACAUUGUUGUGCUCAAGAAGUUGUCUGAGGUAGUCAACAUUGUGCCUGUCAUUGCAAAGUCUGAUUCGCUCACCUUGGAAGAACGUGAGGCUUUCCGCCAAAGAAUUAAGGCUGAACUUGCUUUCCACAACAUCAACCUCUAUCCUUAUGAGAGCCACGAGGAUGAAGAACAGGAACAGGCCUUGAACGAGAGCAUCAGAGAGUUGAUUCCCUUUGCUAUCGUCGGCUCCGAGCGUAAUGUCGUGAUCGAUGGCAAGGCUGUCCGAGGUAGAAAGACACGCUGGGGUGUCAUUAAUGUCGAGGAUGAGACCCAUUGCGAGUUUGUCCAUCUCCGCAACUUCUUAACCAGAACCCACCUCCAGGACCUUAUCGAGACCACUGCCCAUAUCCACUACGAAGCCUUCCGCACCAAGCAGCUGUUGGCCAUCAAGGGAUCUGCACAACCCUCUUCCCCCACCCCCAUGAGCUCGCCUGCCACACCCUCUACAAAUGCCGGUGUAAGCCCCGCCGCAGGCUCAGCUAGGUAA